CCAGCUUCCGCGCGUACAUACAACAUGACUGAAAACCACUAACCACUACACCCACACCUACAUCUACACCCACGCUUACCGCCCAUAACCCACAAGAUUGACAUAACCUACAAUUCCCUCUCAUCCUAAACAACAAAUAUACCGGAAACUUACAAAACCCAACACGAAAUAAAGCCAACAACGUCUCGCAGAACAAUGUCCUCACACCCACCACACCCCGACUCCCAACCUCAACAACCCCGAGAACCACACCACCCCCCUCCGACACCAAAACAAAGACUCCCCAUCCACACAAACCACUGUCGCUUCUGCAACCACCUCCUCCUCGCCACAACCCGCACAAUCACGACCCUCCCGCGCCGCAAACCCCCAGCCCAGGAUGCCGCGCUGAUCCUGCCGCUGCCCCGCGCAGAGGAGGAGGAGGAGGACGAGGAGGAGGAUGACGAGCUGGAUACAAACAACAACCCCAAGGCCGAGAACGCCGCGGCGAAACAGCCUCACUACACGAUCCUCCUCUCCACCACCAUCCCAGACCGGAAACCUACCUUGGUGAGGCGGGAGGAUGGGUUCGAGAAGCGCCUGCUGCUCCGGUGCGGGCGGUGUCGCGUCGUGGUGGGGUAUUUCUUGGAUGCGGUGCAUUUUCCGUCGACGGAGAUCACCAAGGAGGCAGCAGGGGAAGAUGAGGAAGAUGAUGGAAAUCGACGGGCGAAGGUGGUGUAUCUUCUGCCGGGGGCCUUGAUGGAGACGGGGGUCAUGGAGGCGAAUGAUGUUGAGAAGUUGGGGGCGAUGGAUCGGGAGUGGGCUGGGUGGAUGGAGAGUUCGUGAUUUGCCCUGGGGUAUGCUGGUCCUACUGUUUUACGAAGUACAAGUUACCCUUUUUCGAAUUGUCUACAGCUCAGAGAUCGGAAGAUGCUGGUAAUCAAC